AUGCCUUCACUCUCCGAAGCCUUUCGAGGUCACCCUGUGUACCUUCACCACAAGCACCUCGACUUCACCACUCUGCAAGAACAACUCCCCGAUUCUUAUGCUUGGACACAACCAGAUGCUGAUCAUGCUGCUCAUUACUACCAUCUCACAAGUUACCCUUCCAAUGACCACAACGACGACACCAAGGGUGUCCCUGUCAUCGAUUUGAACCACCCUAAUGCUCCAAACCUCAUAGGGCAUGCAUGCAAAACAUGGGGUGUGUUCCAAGUGGUGAACCAUGGCAUCCCCAUGAACCUCUUCACUGACAUUCAGAGAGCUUGCCUUGCCUUGUUCUCUCUCCCUCUUCACCAGAAGCUCAAAGCUGCUCGCUCCCCUGACGGCGUCUCCGGCUAUGGCCGCGCUCGCAUCUCCUCCUUCUUCCCCAAACUCAUGUGGUCUGAAUGCUUCACCAUUCUCGACUCCCCUCUCAACCUCUUCCUCCAACUCUGGCCCCAAGACUAUGAUAAAUACUGUGAGAUUGUGAUGGAAUAUGAAGCAGCCAUGAAGAAACUAGCAGCGAAGCUGAUGUGCCUUGUGUUGGCUUCCCUUGGUAUUUCAAAGGAAGACAUUAAAUGGGCUGGGCCACCAGGAGAUUUCAGUGGGGCUUGCGCGGCCUUGCAUUUGAAUUCUUACCCGAGUUGUCCGGAUCCGGAUCGAGCCAUGGGUUUGGCGGCCCACACGGACUCCACACUCCUCACAAUUCUGCACCAAAACAACGUCAGUGGGCUUCAGGUUCUUAAGGACGGUGAAGGGUGGGAGGCGGUGCCGCCACUUCCGGGAGGUCUGGUGAUUAACGUCGGCGAUCUGCUCCACAUUUUGUCAAACGGGUUGUACCCGAGUGUUCUCCAUCGGGUGCAGGUGAACCGGAGCCGGCAGAGGUUCUCCGUUGCUUAUCUAUAUGGGCCCCCAACAAACGUGGAAAUCAGUCCAAAUGCAAAAUUGGUAGGCCCAAGUAGGCCCGCUCUUUAUCGAUCGGUGACAUGGAACGAGUACCUUGGGACCAAAGCAAAACAUUUCAAUAAGGCUCUUUCAGUGGUUAGGAUUUCUUCAUCUGUUAACGGUUUAUUUGAUUUAAAGGAGGAUCAAAACAAUGACUUUUAA